AUGUCUUGGUUUAAAGAUGGUUACAGGAAUAAUAAAUUUUUCCAUACGCAAGUUAGAGGUAGAAGAAAGAAGCUGCAACUGUCCAGAAUUCAGAACAGUCAGGGUAUGUGGAUAGAAGAAGAAGAGGAGAUAGUUGCAGAAGCAAUUCAAUUCUUUCAGGAUCAGUUCUCAGAAUCUGCAGCACCUACAUCUUUUGAUAUCAUAAGACAUGUUCCUUCAUUGAUAGAUUCAGGCCAAAAUGAAGAUUUGAUCAAGCAGCCAACGUUAGAGGAGGUAAGGGCAGUUGUAUUUGGGCUCAAUGGAGACAGUGCAGGUGGUCCAGAUGGAUUCACAGGGAAAUUUUAUCAGUCAUGUUGGGAUAUUAUAGGAGAUGACCUGUUUGACAUGGUGAGAGCAUUCUUUAAUAGGCAUGAAUUGCCAAAAUGUGUGACCCAUACUAACCUUGUGUUGCUUCCAAAGAAAAAAGAAGUUUGCACCUUCUCAGAUCUUAGACCAAUCAGCCUCAGGAGGAGCAUUGUAGAAAAUAUUUUGUUAACUCAAGAGAUUGUCACUGAUAUGAGACUAAUAAUUAAGGCAGGUCCAAAUGUUGUAUUGAAGCUGGAUAUGACCAAAGCUUAUGAUAGGCUUUCAUGGUUAUUCUUGACUAAGGUUCUGAGAAAGAUGGGCUUCUCUGAAAGAUUUAUUGGCAUGGUUUUUGGCAUAGUUUCAAAUAACUGGUACUCAGUGCUGAUAAAUGGUCAAGCACAUGGUUUUUUCAAAUCAUCAAGAGGGGUAAAACAAGGAGAUCCUCUGUUUCCUACUUUGUUUAUCUUAGCUGCUGAAGCACUCUCAAGGGGUCUUAAUGCUCUGCAUCUGAAUUUGCAUUUCUGUGGAUAUGCUUUACCUAAAUGGAGCCCAAAGAUAAAUUAUCUUACAUAUGCAGAUGAUACAAUUAUUUUCUCCUCAUCAGACGACACCUCCCUUAGGCACAUAAUGGAGGUACUUGCAGCGUAUGAAGAAGCAUCUGGACAGCAAGUCAAUAAGGCAAAGUCAGCUGUGUAUCUCCAUCAUUUGACUGAUAGUGAAGUAGCAGAGAAGGUGGAGAGAGUUACAGGAAUUAAAAGGCAGGAAUUCCCAAUUGUGUAUUUAGGAUGCCCUAUUUUUUAUUCAAGAAGGAAAAUGGAAUAUUAUCAGCCAAUGAUUACUAAGGUAUUGGACAGAUUACCAUCAUGGAAAGGAAAGCUAUUGUCUAUUGGGGGAAGGGAAAUUCUCAUUGCCCAUGUGCUUCAGAGUAUGCCAAUUCAUUUGUUAUCUGCAGUCAAUCCACCUGCAUAUGUGAUUAAUAGACUUCACAAGAUUUUUGCUCAAUUUUUCUGGAGCAGUUCAGUGACAGGUAACAACAGGCAUUGGGCAUCAUGGAGUACCUUAUGUAUGCCACAGGAAGAAGGGGGUAUUGGUUUUAGGUCCCUUCAUGAUGUAGCAAAAGCUCUGUUCUGCAAACUGUGGUGGAAAUAUAGAACAAAACCAAGUCUGUGGAGCUCAUUUAUGAGUCAGAAGUAUUGCAAAAAGAUGAAUUCAGUGGUAGUGCCAUGGAGAAAAGGAUCACAUGUUUGGAGAAAGAUGUUGGAGUGUAGAGACCUUGUUGAACACCUGAUCAUUUUGCAACCAAGGAUGGGUUCUUCUUUGUUCUGGUAUGAAAACUGGACAGCCUUAGGGGCUUUGUAUUUUUUGAUUCCUCAAAAUUUUGGAGUUGAUGAAUCAGUCCAUAAUGUGUGGGAUGUGGUGGAUGGAGGAGAAUGGAAUACACAAAGGCUUUAUGAAAUAUUACCUGAAGAAUUUGCAGAACACAUCAUAGUAAACCUUCAGCCACCUGCAGCUCAAGGAGUCUUGGAUGUACCUAUUUGGAGUUUGGAAUCAAAGGGUCGGUUCAGUGUUAGAACAAUAUGGGAGUAUGUGAGGAACAGAGCUGAACCAAUGUCAGCUUAUAAGAAAAUUUGGGUGAAAGGUCUUCCAUAUAAGAUAGCCUUUUUCAUGUGGAAAGUAUGGAGGAACAAGCUGCCAUUGGAUGACUUUUUCAGAAGACUUGGCUAUCAGAUGGCAUCUAAGUGCUGGUGUUGUGCAGAUCCUUUGGAGGAAACAACACAACACUUAUUUUUUACAUCAUAUGCUGCAAACAAAGUAUGGAGGUAUUACCUUGGGCAUGCUGGUAUUGUAACAGAAGGACUCACACUACACCAGAUCUCUUCUACUUUGCAGUCAUUGAUUAAAGUAUGGAAGCCAGGAAUUAGUCAGGUUUCUCAUAGGUGGCCAGAUAUGUUGAAGAUGAUGGAGCAGUUCACACCAAAUCUCAGGUAUACAAAGGUGAAUUGGGAUUUUCCAAAACAAGGUAGGGUGAAAGUCAACACAGAUGGAGCUUCAAGAGGUAAUCCGGGAAGGAGUUCAAUUGGUUUUGUCCUUAGAAAUGAGGAGGGUGAUGUCCUGUAUGCAUGUGGCAAGGAGAUCCAAGAGGGCACAAAUUCAAUUGCUGAAGAUAAAGCUAUCUCUGAGGCUUUGAAAUUUUGUGUACAGCAUGACUAUGUCUUGAUUGACUUGCACACAGACUCUAUGGUGCUGCAGAAAGUGAUUACAGGAGAAUGGAAGCCCCCUUGGGUCUUGGGAAGUCUGGUAGAGGAGAUUAUGGAUUUGAUGAAGAGGGCUAAUGUUAAGAUAUCUCAUACACUCAGAGAAGGAAACAAGUUAGCAGAUCACAUUGCAAAUUAUGCCCUGGACAAUGGCCUGUUGGAGUGUUAUGGAUUUGAAGAUUUGGAUGUUCAGGGGAGAAAGUUGGUGAACUCUGAUAAAUUACAAUGUCCAUACAUAAGAGUCUCAGCUUCAAGGAGAUANGAAAGUGAUUACAGGAGAAUGGAAGCCCCCUUGGGUCUUGGGAAGUCUGGUAGAGGAGAUUAUGGAUUUGAUGAAGAGGGCUAA